GCCAUCAGCCGGUCACCGCUGUUUCUUCGACUCUGUGCGCAGAGCUGAAGCAAGUGGCGCAUAGAGAGAACAUAAAUGAUGUGGCUCGUCAGCACGCGCUUGCUGCGUAGGCCAAAAGUGGAAGAAAAAGAGAGCGCUGAUGGACGACGAAAACGAUUCGCACGAACGAAGCAAUGCAUCCAUUCAGGACCGGGCGAAGGACGCAGAACGGUAAGCCUCAUGUAAAGCUUCCUGGUAAAAAGAGCGACACGAAGAGUUCCGUCGCCGCUACCGACUCAAAAAGAGGUCGGCCGCCAGACUCUCGGUGCUAAUGAGGACGCUGCUAUUGAACUGUGGGCCUAAAACGUGACCAGUCAAAGGCGCACACUGGAGAAAUAUAGGACAGAUAAUACCCAAACAAUUGUUUCCAGAAGAAUAAAAAAUAAAAACCCUAUUCGCUGAAGAUGCAUUUAGCGAAGCAAUAAAUGAACACAAAUUUAUCCUCAAAAUGGAAAGCGGCAAUCAGCAAUCGCUCUACUACGAUCCGUGGUCACAACAGCAACAGCAACCUUUCAUGAAUAUGCCUAUGAACAAUCUAACCACGGAUAGUAAACAAGGUGAAUUUGAUAACGAACCGCCUCUCUUGGAAGAACUUGGUAUAAAUGUUAAUCAUAUUUGGGAUAAGACUCUGGCGGUGCUUAAUCCUUUGCGGAAGAGUGAAGCUACUAUUCUUAAUGAAUGUGACCUUGCCGGACCGCUCGUUUUUUGUCUCGCCUUCGGCUGUUUCCUCAUGCUUGCAGGAAAAAUUCAUUUUGGGUACAUCUAUGGCCUGGGCCUUGUCGGGACACUAUCACUAUACGCCCUACUUAACCUGAUGUCGCAUGAGGGCAUCUCAAUCGGUACGACUGUCUCAGUGCUUGGUUACUGUCUUUUACCCAUUGUGCUGCUCUCAGGAUUCUCAAUUGUCAUUUCACUCAAGGGAGCUGCAGGCACUUUUUCAGCACUUCUAUCUAUAUCGUGGUGUGCUUAUUCGGCUUCCAAGCUUUUCGUCACAGCUCUUAGCAUGGACCAUCAGCAAAUGUUAGUUCUAUAUCCUUGUGCUCUUGUCUACGGCGUUUUUGCCCUACUAACGAUCUUCUAGGCUUUGUUAAAAUGCAUCACCGCCCUCUGACAGAAUAAGAGGCGUAACAGCAUUUUAAAUGCUGUCGAGGCAAUACAGAGAUCAAUCGAUUCUGACAGUGUUGGGUACAAGAGCCGGUUUUUGAUUCUGCGGUAUUAAAUGGCCUACAAUGUGUUAAGUAUUAUGUUGGACACUAUACCGUGCUAAUUACGGUAGGUCUGCGUUUGAAAUACAUUUCGAAGGUACAAGCUCUCACGAGCCAUUAUAAAGGUGCUGGCGAACUCUAAUCUAAAACUCAAUGUUGCGGUUAUGCGUGACUUGUAAAUAUAUGAUUAAUUGAUUACUGCUUUUGAUGUUAGUGAAAAUGUGACCUAAGUAUAUGUUUAGGCUUAAAAAUUUUACGUAAUGGAGUGACCUAGUGGAGAGUGUGUAAAUGAUGGACAGGUCUAAUCAGUUAUAUAAGUUAGAAUAUAUAGUGUAGGAGGGAUAUAAUAGUUAAAGAGUGACUACUAAAUGGCUGAAUAUUUUCAUAUACAAAAUAAAGUCUUGUAAAAGUAAUAAAAAAUGCAAAUUAA